AUGUCUCCCAGAGAAUUGAUGCCACGGAGGGACACCAGAAAGUUGGCGAAAAUCGUCGGCGUGGGAGUCGUCGACGGUGACGUUUUUGUUGAGCAUCUUCCUUCUCUCAGUGUAUUUGGAGAAUCCCAUUGGACCACAGUCCUCAGACAGGUUCCAUUGGAACCUGCGACAGCGCUUCUGGUGAAUUUGUCAUCUGACGUGACCCCGAACAUGUCGCGGUCAUUGUCGAAUGCCGAGCAUUGCGAAGAGGACGCACUCACGUGUCCAGUGUGUUUUUUGGCUUAUGCGAGCCCAGAGGAUUCAAUGGAGAAGACUCCGCUGAUUCUGACCAAGUGUGGACACACGCUGUGCAAAAAAUGCGCGGAUGGCAUUUGCAAGGACAAAUCGAUCGCAUGUCCCGUGUGUCGAACCAUCACUGAAGUGGAGAAUGGCAGCUCCAACUUGAACAAGAACUUUUCUUUGCUGAAUAUUCUGCAGUUGCAGAAGAUCCAGUUCAUGAGACUGCAAUCAACGAAUAGCGACUCAGGUCAGUCACUACGGAGAGUUGCGUCAUCCGGAGCACUCUUGGACGAAACUGCAGCAGUCAAGGCAUUCUCUGGAAUUUGUUUGAAGCACAAUCGGAAUCUUUCAUUAUGGUGUGCAGUGUGCUGCGAAGUAUUGUGCCUUGGUUGCGUUGACGUGCACGCCGGCCACGAACGUCUCACGUCCGAAGAAUUGCCGUCUUACAUGAGCAGCUUGAUGAACAGCUUGAAGCCGCAGCUGGCAGAGUGCGUCCAGGACCUGAAAGCAUCUAGUUCUCGAAUGAUUGGAAUUGUCGAUAAGUUCACAAAGGAGAUGAAAGAGUUCAAAAGAUACUGGAAAGACGAGGAUGCGAUGGCAGAGAAUUUGCGAGGGAAAGUGGAAGAGUACCGCAAAAAUUUGGACGAUUUAUCUCUCGAGGAAAUGAUUGCUGCAUGGAGGCGAGCUGAUCGACUUGUAAAUGAGCUGAAAUCCAAAACUACACAGUCUGACUCGCUUUGCAAAGAGCUGGACAAAGACGUGAAUCAUUGGCACAUGAAAAAGCAUCGCUUACUGGGACCAAAACUGGGCUCCCAACCACCUAAGCCCCAGUUGACGCCAGAAUCCAAGCAUACAAUUCGAGGACAGAACAAGAGAAAAAUGAAUCUUGGAGUUCAGCAAACAAAGAUGAACCAAAGAACAUCCAUGUCUCCGAUGGCAGAUCAGCAGGGUUCAAUGGCAGACGGGUUCAUAGACAAUCAGAUGGACACUAACGCGAACACCGGCCGUCAAAUCCAGAAAAGGCCCUUUUGCAACCUAUACUCUGGGUGCGGGAAAAAACGAUCCGUCGUACCUCCGAACGGACAAUCGACGAUUCGUGGAAACCUCGUGACGUCACCUUCACGUCACCAAGCGACAGUGUCGGACGUCGAUCGAUUCACGCGAACUAGAUCCGAAGAACGCGAGAAUUCUUCGAUCAUGGACCUCAUCAAUUCUCAAAAGCAACUGAUUGAACAACUUGCAAGCACUACGGACUCGAUCAUCGAUCUUUACUCUGAUUGGUAUCACCAACCCGCAGUCAACAAUUUGGAAGUUUCGAGGCAGACCAGGCAAAAAAGAGCCCUUCCAAACCUUGGCAAGCAUUUUCUGAGAAUGUUGGCUUAAAGGGGGACCGUGAGCUCUACUUUUUCCGGAAUUAAUUCGUGCUCCUGAUUGUCAAGAAAACUUUCCUUCCAUCAUAGUACUUCGUCAACUGCGCUUCGCCAGCUUCUCUGCCUUCAAUGAUCUCUAUGCUGUUAUACACCAAAAGCAUGUUGCAUUUUCGCGUUUUCUUUUUCGUUCAUGAACUGCAAAUCGGAACUUCUCCAGCCAUGUACUUCAGCAACGAGCGUGUGGAGGUUAUUAAAUCACGCACAGAGAAAUCCGAGAAAA